CCCUUUUCCCAGAGGAAAUUAAAGACGCCAAUCUGAAUAACAAGGAGGUUGGGAAGGAUUUAAUCGAAGAAAAAUACGCCGACUGCAAAUGGGGACGGCCGCCGGCGGCAGCGACGUGGAGGCCGGAUUCGCUAAAUUGCAGGGAGAGGACUUUGAGUACUACAUGCAGACCUACUCAAUCAUGCUCGGCCGCAAUUCCAAAAAAUCGACCGUCGAUGUUGACCUAUCUUCCCUCGGCGGCGGAAUGAACAUCUCCCGUCAUCAUGCUCGCAUCUUCUACGACUUCACGCGGCGCCGUUUUGCCCUAGAGGUCCUCGGGAAGAACGGCUGUUUGGUAGAAGGUGUUCUCCACCUCCCCGGUAACUCCCCGGUCAAGCUUGAUUCCCAAGAUCUGCUCCAGAUCGGCGACAAAGAGUUCUACUUCCUGCUCCCUGUUAGGAGCAUCCUUGGUGGACCAGUCGGGCCCAGGCACUAUGUAUCGGGCCAUUCUGUUCCGAGUGCGCUCGUUCCUCAUUACAACUAUGAUGUCGGCAGGAUGGUGGGUCCCGCAUCGGUCGGGCCGGGUACCGGGUCAGUGAAGAAGGUCGGACGGGGACGGGAGUACUAUGAGGAGGAGUAUGAUGACGAGUAUGAUGUUGGGAGCAGCGGGAAGAAGUUGAGGAGAGAAGGGUACGAUGGAUAUCCGGGUUAUGGAGGUUCUGGUGGUGGUAGCUCCGCGGCAGCAGGUUCCGGUGAGAAGAAGGGGGAGGGAAGAUCAAGGGUCGAUCGAGAAUCAGAUAAUCAACAACUUCUGCAACUAGAAGAAAAGGAUGUGGUGUCAUCUGUAGCUACUGUGCUCUCUGAUCUUUGCGGUCCUGGAGAAUGGAUGCCAAUGGAGAAACUUCAUGCUGAGGUUGGUCCAAAUAAUAUUUUUGAGUAACUUUAGUUAAUUGGGCACUGUUCUUAAAUUACUGGAACCUCAUUAUCUUAUCAGGCGCAUGGAACCUACAUAGUCGGUUGGACUUAUCAUUAUUGCAUUUACCAAUUUGUUUUGAAUAUCUUUGAACAAAUGUGGGAACGCCCUAAUUCUGUAGGCAGCAGGAUGCUGUAUAUAACAUUAACAAUGACCGUGCCUCGGAAGCAUGUUGAGAACAAACCUGAUAUUUUUCAUGUUCAGCAAUAUGUCAUGAAGGUUUCUCAGGAAUGUAAAUAGAGUUAAUACCCAGGAAGGAAGAACACUAGAAUGCAGUAGACAGACUGAAGGGAAACAAAGAUGAAAGAGAGAA